ACUCUUGAAGAUCCGCAACGUCCUCUAUACGACAUACGCAGGAACUAGUGCAAGACGUCCAGACAUCACGCAGUCAAGGACCAAUUCUCCUUAGCAACCGAUUGAACUAAGUUGAAAAUUGAUAUUAAUGUAUUGGACACUUCGAAAUUAUUCUUGUAUCACGUCACCCUAGUAGAUUAAACAAUAUAAUUGGAUCCUGGUCCACCGAUUACAAUCACGAGAGGUCGGAGUUUUAUGUGAAUUAUUGAGAAUAUGUGAUUCACCAUUUUGACGCUGAGUACCGUCUCUUAGCAACGUGGUCCAAUCUCUGUAAACGGAAUUUAAAACUCGUUAUGGCGCUGCAGAUAUUAGAGGCGUAUAACCGUUAAAAGGAGUUUUAUUAAUUUGUUAAGUAACUUGAUAUUCUGUGAUAUGUCUAUAAAUCAUCAGGCUUCCCUUGUUCACAAUCGAUCACUCGUUAAUCGACCUGGGAUGACCAGUGUACCAUAUUCAUCUUCAUCUUCGGACAUUAGUGCAUCUUUCUAUAAAAAUGUAUUUAUCCUCUCCGAGAUGGUUCAUCCUACUGAGGAUUUCCGGAGACAUUUUCGCGAGGGAAUGUUCGAUAAACCAAACACUGUGGGUUUUAUUCACGUAUCUCACUUUCUUCUUACGAUUCACAAUGCAGAGCGGUUUAAGAAAGCUGUGCAAUGGCCAAUAGUAUGCAAGAAGACUGAGGCACAGUACCGCAAUAAUGUCAAGGAUUAUUUGAAUAUUUUAUCAAAUGAAAAUCCUAAUAUUGGAUUUCCUGCGAUACUGGCAUCUCAUUUAUUACGUGCUGGUGGUACUAAGUUUACAAUGAUUAUGUGGAAACUGUCUCAACUUGUUUUGUACACAUAUCUUAAAAUGGAAUGUCAAAAAGAAGUUUUACUUCCACCAAAAAUGGGUUCCGCAAAAGAUUUGACAAAACAAUUCUUUACCAAUGUUAUUGAAAAUAUUGAAUCUGAAAUUCAGAAAUAUGAUCAAGAAUUUUCAAAAAUCAAAGAAGACUUCAGCUUAUUUGCAAAGGAAGUAGCUGACGAUAUUAUUCUAAGUCAGUCAAAAAUAUUUGAAACAAAAAAGAUCUUAGGAGAUCUUGUUUCAAAAGCCCCAGUUGCAGUUCCAAUAAGAAAACGACUAAUGGAUCUUGAUGACGAUGAAAUCAUUGAACUUUGGAAGAGCAACAUAUUAAAUAGUCAGUGCUGUCUGAGAAAGAAGCAUGCUGUUUUGCAAGACUUGGAAAGCCUUAGCAGGGACAUAAAUAAUAUGAUAACAAAUAUCCUCUCUGAAUCAAAAGUAUUGGAUGGAAAUUCUGUACCAAGAGUAAAUACGAGUAUCAUUACCGAAUCGAAUCUGCCACCUGAAGUUCAGGUACUUUCUAGCAAGUUGUAUAUGAAUAACAAAAUUGUACUGUCGACACUCUUGUCAUUAUUUUGUUCAAUACUUUAUCAAUUACGAUGGCAUUUAAAAGAUAAUAGGCUACCAGAUUUAUCUCAUCAACAAUUACAAGUGCACGCCAUCAGUGAGGACACGAGAUCAAUGUGCAAUCUAUUCCACAUGCUUCUCACCAGGAUGGGGUGUCUUUCAAGUGAGAUACAAGUGCGAAUCCAUCAAAAAGAUAAAAUUCUUGACGAUUCACUAAAGAAAAAUAUGGUUCCUGAUGCGUACAAAGUACUUUUUAUGCCAUCGCCAACAAUAGACUUAAAUUCAAAGCAACCAGGAAAAGUUAACGCUUUAAAACUGGAUCUCUCACCAGUGGAAGGAAUGCACAAAGCAUUGUUUUCACGACACAAACGGAAGGACGACGGUACACUGGAGUCUUCGAAAUUGAGAACAAAUUUAUUAAUUUCGCGAAUCAAUUUCGACGAUACGAUAUCCUCGAUAACCAGUGACAAACAAUCGUCGUCAUCCUUACGAAAAAUCACAUCGAAACUGAACGUUUCCGCGAUUAGAGGUGGCGGAAAAUACUCAAGACUAUUUGGUAGUGUUAUAAAUAAGAAUAGCAGUACCAGAGCACAUAGUAGUAUGAUGUCCAUCCCUAGCAAUUCGAAGGCAAAUUCGACAGCGCUCAUGAAUACCAUUGGAGAAAUAGAAAAUGUAUCGGGGCUCAGUUUAGAUAUGACGGCCAAAAGCUUAUUGAAUCUCACGCGAGAAACAACUGACUUUUUCUCUCGUAAUUCGAAUCAAAACGAAAUAAAAACUAUGAGUAAUGUACCUAAAAGAGACAACGUGUUCCACUUCGACACGGAAGUCGAUUCAUUAAAAUCAAUUUCUCACAUGAAAGUGACAAAACCAUCAAUUGCUGACGGAACGGAAGUGGAACUAUCGACUGACAUUAAAUCCACAAUGUUAAAAUCCGAAAGUCAUACAAAAACCAGAACAAGACGUUCGAUCAGUGACUUAGUAGAAAAAUACAGAACACUAGUCGAGAGAUCGACAAUUGAAUCAGUACACUUUGAAUCCACUACAAAUAGCAGUAAAGAUGAAUAAAGACUGACCGGACUUCGUUUUUACUGUUCCAUUCCAUCAGAACACCACAUUGGAUCAGAAAUGAUAUAUAUUCUUAUUAGCAGAUAAAUAAAUGUAUUAUAUUUUCUAUACGAAGAUACUCAUUAAAUGAUCGUAUCAAUUUCA